AUGGGACUCCGCGCCAGGAUAGCCUGCUCCCUGCUCCUCCUGCUGCAGGUCCUGGCCAAACCAGCCCAGAACUCAGACUUCUAUCUGUCUGGAGACUAUCUCCUGGGUGGUCUCUUCACGCUUCAUGCCAACGUGAAGUCUACUACUCACAUCAACUCGCUGCAUGUGCCCAAGUGUGAGGAGUAUGAGAUGAAGGUGCUGGGUUACAAUCUGAUGCAAGCCAUGCGCUUCGCCGUGGAAGAAAUCAACAACCAGAGUGACCUGCUGCCCGGCGUGCAGCUGGGCUACGAGAUGGUGGAUGUGUGCUACAUCUCCAACAACAUCCAACCUGUGCUCUACUUCCUGGCACGGAACGACUACUUCCUGCCCAUACAGGACGACUACAGCCACUAUGUGCCCCGUGUCGUGGCCGUCAUCGGCCCUGACAACUCCGAGUCUACCAUAACCGUGGCCAACUUCCUCUCCCUGUUUCUCCUUCCACAGAUCACCUACAGUGCCAUCAGCGACCAGCUGCGCGACAAGGUGCGUUUCCCGGCCAUGCUGCGCACUGUGCCCAGUGCCAACCACCACGUGGAGGCCAUGGUGCAGCUCAUGGUACACUUCCGCUGGAAUUGGAUUGCCGUGCUGAUAAGCGCGGAUGACUACGGCCGCGACAACAGCCAGGUACUCAGUAACCGCCUGGCCCGCAGUGAGAUCUGCAUCGCCUUCCAGGAGGUGCUGCCCACGCCUGAGCCCAACCAGCCGCCGACGCCCCAGGAGCGCGAGCGCCUGGGCAUCAUCCUGCAGAAGAUACGGCAGAACUCAGCUCGCGUGGUCGUCAUCUUCUCCCCGGAACUGUCUUUGCAUAACUUCUUCCGCGAGGUGCGGAUGUGGAACUUCAGUGACAUCGUGUGGAUAGCCUCUGAGUCCUGGGCUAUCGACCCCAACCUGCACAAGGAGAUGAACUCCAGUGGCACCUUUCUGGGCCUCACCAUCCAGUCCGUGUCCAUCCCGGGCUUCAGCAGCUUCCGCGUGCGGCGCAGCCAGAACCAGCCGCCUCCACUCAACAGGACCACCUGCAACCAAGACUGUGAUAAUUGCCUCAACACCACGGUCGCCUACAACACUGUCCUCACGCAGUCGGGAGAGCGCGUGGUCUUCAGUGUGUAUGCGGCCGUCUACGCCGUGGCCCACGCCCUUCACAGCUUUCUCCGCUGCAACCAGAAUGGCUGUAAAAAGGAUGUAGUUUAUCCAUGGCAGCUACUCAAGGAGCUCUGGAACGUCAACUUCACCCUCCAGGGACAGCAGAUCUUCUUCGACCCACAAGGGGAUGUGCCCAUGCGCCUGGACAUCGUCCACUGGCAGUGGGGCGCGAGCCAGAACCCAUUCCUGACCAUCGCCUCCUAUUACCCUAUGCAGCGGCAGCUGAGGGUCAUUCGCAGCGUCUCCUGGAACACCCCGGGCAACACGAUCCCCGUGUCCAUGUGCUCCAAGAGCUGCCGGCCCGGGCAGAAGAAGAAGGCCGUGGGCAUGCACCCCUGCUGCUUCGAAUGCAUCGACUGCCUCCCCGGCACCUUCUACAACCAAACUGCAGAGGAGUUUGACUGCCAGCCCUGCCCGAUCCACACGUGGUCCCACCAGAACGACACCUCUUGUUUCUUGCGACGGUUCAUCUUCCUGGAGUGGCACGAGGCCCCCACCAUCUGCGUGAUCCUGCUGGCCGCCGUGGGCUUCCUCAGCACUCUGGCCAUCCUGGUGGUGUUCUGGAGGCACUUCCAGACGCCCAUGGUGCGCUCGGCGGGGGGCCCCAUGUGCUUCUUGAUGCUGGCACUGCUGCUGCUGGCUUUCGCCAUGGUGCCCGUGUACGUGGGGCCGCCCACGGGCUUCACGUGCCUCUGCCGCCAGGCCCUCUUCACCCUCUGUUUCACCGUCUGCACCGCCUGCGUCACCGUGCGCUCUUUCCAGAUCGUGUGCAUCUUCAAAGUGGCGCGCCACCUGCCGCGCGCCUACCGCUACUGGGUCCGCUACCGCGGCCCCUACGUCUUCGUGGUGCUCCCCACGGUCCUCAAGCUGAUCAUCGUGCUGGCCAACGCAGUGGCCACCACCACCAACCCCACCUACCGCACGGACCCUGAGGACCCCACCGUCAUCAUUCUGUCCUGCCAUCCCAAUUACCGCACGGCGCUGCUGUGCAAUGCGAGCCUGGACCUGCUGCUCUCCCUGGGGGGCUUCACCUUUGCCUUCAUGGGCAAGGAGCUGCCCACCAACUACAACGAGGCCAAGUUCAUCACCCUCAGCAUGACUUUCUCCUUCACCUCCACCAUCUCCCUCUGCACCUUCAUGUCCGUCUACGAAGGGGUGCUGGUCACCAUCAUGGACGUCUUGGUCACUGUCUUCAACCUCUUGGCCAUCAGCCUGGGCUACUUUGGCCCCAAGUGCUACCUGAUCCUCUUCUUUCCUGAACGCAACACACCCAGCUACUUCAACAGCGUCAUCCAGGGCUACACCAUGCGCAAAGACUAG